GUGAUCCUAUAACUUAUUACAAGCCUAGAAGGUAAAAAAUUCAUAAACUAGAGGUGAAAACAAUGAAGUCUAUAAUAAAUAAUGGCGCAUUGGCAUUAUAUUUCUUCAUUUGCAUCUCUUUCUUUCCUUUAUUAAACGCUGAAAACAAACUAGUUACCGUAUCUUGUCAAAAGGUUAAGGAAAAGGAUCUUUGCCUCUCAAGGCUAGGUGCUGAACCGGCCAGCCAAGACGCUAAGGACGUAGCCGCUCUCGCGUUGAUUGCGAUCAAUGUCGCCUCCAGCAACGGCUCGGAAACCGCAUCCUUCAUCCGGCAGACACUCUCGGAAAGCGCAGAACUUUUAGCGCCUACCACGGAGCAGAAUUUCGAAGAUUGCUCGGAGAAUUUCGAAGACGCGAUGCAGGACCUCGAUGAUGCAUUGGCACUCGUUACAUCGAGGGAUUUCAAAGGUAUGAGAAACGAGGUGGGAACUGCACUGGACGAUGCCAAUGAGUGCGCGUCCGCGUUGAAUCAAGGUGAAGGAAAAGACCUGGAGCUGUUUAAUAAGACUAAUACCUUCCUCCAACUAUGUUCUAUUGUCGAUGACCUCGCCAAUAUUUUGGCUCCGAGUCAUGACGGUGACAGUUUGGCUCCAAAUUCCGACAACGGUGACAGUUUGGCUCCGAAUUACGACAACGACGAUGUUUUGGCUCCGAAUUAAGUUAUAUACCCGCCUAGCUUCAUUUCCCUACUGCAACAUAAUUAAUAUUCUUGCAUGUUUAUGAUUUCCAUUCGGUUCGUACGUUAACUUUUUAAAAUUUAA